AUGCUACAAGGGAAGAUAAAAAAAUUUAAGUUUCCAAUAGACAAUAAUAUUGAAAAUUUUAUAAAAGAUAUAAGUAUAAGAAAAAAUGAAUAUAUAUAUGCGUGUGAUGCAGUUGAUCUUGAUAAUAUUAAUUUAAAUGCUGAUUCAAUAAUUAAUUUUUUUAAUUUCAUUAAUGAAAGUUAUAGUCAUCUUUUAUUACUUUUAUGCCAAGAAGGUUUUGAUACUGUUUUUAAUUACAUUAGGAUAUCUGAUAAUUUAAAUGAUUUAGAACAAGAAAAAAUUUUUGGAUGCUUAACUAUCUUAAUAGAAAAAAGUGUCGAUGUAUUUAAAAAUUAUUUUAAAUGUUUAGAAAAUUGUAAUAUAAAUAACGAAUCUAAUAAUGUAGAUAUAAUGAAAAAUUUAUUGAACUCAAAUAAUAGUAUAAUGAAUAUUAUCAUUAAUUGUAUAGAGGAUAAUCAAAAAGAAUAUUCAGUAAAUGAGAAAAAGAAAAAGUUUACCUUUUUUGAAAUUAAUGAAAUAUUAGUUUCUUAUUUUAAUGCAUUAACUUUCAUAUAUAUAAAUAUAUUUAAUUUUUAUUAUAAUAAAAAUUUUAGUAAACAACAAAAUACAGAAGUAGUUAUAAAUAUUCAAAGAGGAAGAAAAAAGCAAAAAAAAGACAAUGAAGAAGAAACAAAUGUUUCAUUAAAAAACAUAAACUGUCUUUUAAAUAAUAUAAUUUUAUUACUAAGUAAUAUAAACUUUAAUAUUUUUUAUAAUCAUCCAAAUAAUUCUAUAAUAGAUUUAUAUUUGCAAUUUUUUUUAAAUAUAUAUAUAAUUAAUCAAGAAAACAACAAUAUAUUUAAUAUGAGUAUUUAUCAUGAGCAUAUAUCUAUUAUAAUAGGAACGUUGUUAAAAUUAUAUAUAAAAAAAAAAGAAAAUACUGAUUUUUUAUUAAUACAUAAGAAAGAGGAAAAUAAUUCAUACAACUUUAUGUCACACAUGGAAUAUUUAAAAGAUGACUAUGAUAAUACUAAUAAUAAUAAUAAUAAUAAUAAUAAAAAUAAUAUUAAUGAUGAUAAUAAAAAUAAUAAUAAUAAUAAUAAUAAAAAUAAUAUUAAUGAUGAUAAUAAAAAUAAUAUUAAUGAUGAUAAUAAAAAUAAUAUUAAUGAUGAUAAUAAAAAUAAUAAAAAUGAAAAUUUUCCAAAUGAUAAAUUUUAUUCAUUCACAUUUACUUAUAUAUUUUUAAAUUCCUGUAAAAAAUGUGCUAAUGUAAACAUAUGUGAUGCAAUACUAAGAGUGAGAAAUACUGAUAUCCCUUUAAUUAUUAUAAAAGAAUUGAUUGAUUAUAUAAAAGAAAAUGCUUUGUUAUAUUUAAAUUUAAGUGUACAAACACAUUUGCAAAAUGAAAUAAUUAAUGUAUUAAAUUUUCUUGAGUAUUUUUCAAAAAACUUAAGUUGUCAUUUGCUUAUUUAUUUAAAAGAUUUAAUAGAUAUGCUAGGUAUAGAUAUAUAUUACAUAAGAAAAUCCAUUUUUGAGAUUUUUAAAAAUUUUAUAACUCUUGCAAAAGCUAGUGAAGAAAUAAAAGAAACUAAUAGAAACUCAAUUGAUAAUAAUGAAUUAGAUGAAACUUUUAAAAAUAAUUUUUAUGAAGACGAAGAAGAUGAUGAUGAAGAAAAUGAGGAUGAGAGUGACGAUGAAGAAAAUUAUAAUUUUAUGGAUGAUGAAGAAGAAUAUUCUGAAGAAGAAGAAGAUUCCGUGAAUGAUUGUAGCAUAUUGAAAAAGGGAAUAAUAAAAAAAAAAAAUAGUAAAAAUAUAAAUAACAAUAAUUCUAAAGAAAAAAAAAAAAAUAAAAAGAAAAAAAAUGGAAGAAAAAAUAUUAAAAAAAAAAAAAAAAGGAUGAAAACUUUUUUAAAUUCAUUUUAUUUAAAUAUAAAUGAAGGUGGCAUGAAUACAUAUAAAGACAUAAUAAAUAAAAUAAUUUUAGAUGAUACUCAUUUUUUGCAGUUGUGUUUUAAAGAAUGUUUAAGAAAUAGAGCAUUUAUUAUGAAUGUCUUAAUAACAAGGCAAUAUGAUUCUAAGUUACAUGUUCGUUGUCAUUUAUUAAAAAUAUUUCAAGAAUUAAUAGAGAAUAAUUUUAUCCCAUUAAACUACUAUAAUAAUUUAUGUCUAAUAUGUAGUGAAAGAAUAAAUGAUAAAUCUCCUUUAGUCAGACAAAGAGCAUUUUCUUUACUUUCAUGUAUUGCAAAUGAUGUAGUAAAAAAUAAAUAUGUUAUUCCAUUAAAUACAAAUAAAAUAAAAAAAGAAUUAAGUAAUUUAAAUAAAAGAAAGAACUUAUUAAUAAAAAAGGAAGAUAAAGAUAAAAUUAGAAAUGAAGGAAAAAAUUGUAAAAGUGAAUAUGGAAAAGAAACUAAAAAAGAUAUUAAGAAUGACAUGAGAAAAAAUGUGAAAAAUAAAAAAAGAAUUAAUCUUUCAGAUAGUGAUAAUGAGACAAGUUCAUCUUCUAUUUUAGUAGAAAAAACAAAUGAAAAUAAUUAUCAAAGCAAAUAUGAUUUAUUAAUAAAAAUGUACAAUGAAGUAUUAUUUAUUUCUAUGAUUGUAGAUCAGUGUGUUGAUUUAUGCUUCAAGUUAUUGUAUUCAGUUAUAGAAACAGAUCAGAAAAGCUCUAUUAAGUUUAUAAUAUUAGCUCAUCUAUGUGGAAAUAAAAUAGCAGAAGAACAAAUGAAUAAAGUAUGGUCAUUGAUUUUUAGUAAUAAUAAUAGUAUUGUUGAAAUGAUAAUUAGUGAAUUUGUUAAUGUAAAUAUUUAUUGGGAAGAUUAUAGAAUUAGUGCAUUUAGAUUAAUUAAUGUAGCUCUUAAUAGCAAACUAAAAGAUUUAUCCUGUAUCGAAAAAAUAAUAGAAUGCUUAUUACUACAAGAAAAAACAAAUGUAAGUAUUAGCAAAUUAUUGGAUGAAUUAUUUAACAUUAUUUUUGUUGAUACAUUUAGUGAAAAUAAAAAUUUAAUGAUAAAGGAGGGGGCUUUAAUACUUAUGAAAAUUUUGUGCUAUUCUAUUCAUAUUGUUAAUUUAAAAAAAGGAAAAAAGGAACAAUAUUUUAUUUUUAGCAAUAAAAGAAAACAUCUCAUAUUAUUAUUUAUAAAUCAAUAUAAACAUAAUUUACAUUUCAUAAAUCUUUUAAUUUUAAUUCUAAGAUAUAAUAAAACAAAUAAAAUUAUACAAAAUUUGUUAAUUAUUUUGUUUAAUUUAAUUUUUGAUCAUAUUGUUGAUAAUAAAAAUAAAAGUGAAGAAGAAAACUUUUUUAAACAAAAUUCAUAUAAUUUAUUGAAUAAUUUUAAAGAGUAUAAUAGUAAUAAUUCCCAAAUGAAAAAUAAGAAAUAUUCUGAUGAUUAUUAUUAUUAUUUAUGUGAUCAUAGAAAUAUAUGGUUUAGAUGUUGUCAAUCAAUAAUUGAAAGUAUGUAUGAACAUUUUGAUGAUUUUCUUGUUAUAUUUACUACUAAGUUAAAAAAUAUUUUAAAUAUAAUUUGUAAUAAAAAACAGGAAGAAAAUAAUAAAAAACAUAUAGAUGACACUAUAAGAAACAAUGAUGAUGAGCCAAAAAUAGCAGAUAAUGAGAUAGAAGAAAAUAACUUUAGUAUGGUUUCAUGUUUCACUUUAGCAAAAUUUAUAUUUGUAUCUGGUCAUUUAGGCUUAUAUACAUAUAUAUAUGCAGAAAAGAUACAAAAUAAAUUAAAGAAAAUAGUAUCAAAAAGUGAUAAUAAUUACGGAAUGUGUACUAAAGAAGAAAAAGACAGAGAAUAUUUUGAUUAUGUAGUUGAAAAUAUGAUUGUAUGUAAUAAUUUACUUGGAAAAAAAAUCAUGCCGUUAGUUUUUUUAAUUUUAAAAAAUCCAGAAAAUUUUUUUAGUGAAUUUAUAAUUAAAGAUGAUUCUUUAGGAAAUUCAUGUGAUAGUUAUAUGUUUUUUAAUAGCUUUAAUAUGAAAGAUAAAAUAUAUAUGCACUAUGAGAUGUAUUUACUAGUUCUUGUUUGUUUAUUAACAUUGUGUAAAUUUUCUAUUAUUUCUCAAAAAUUUUGUCAAAUGGUUAUUAAUCAUCAUGUAUCUAUUAUUCAAUUAAUUGUUUCUAUUAUAAUUGAAGACAAUAAUCAGAUUUUUAAUGAAGUAGAAACAGUAGAUGAUAAAAAUAGAGAAAUAAAAAAAAAAAGUGUUAAGUUUAUUAAUAAUUUAAGCAACAUAAUGAAAGCAGAAGAUAUUCAAAACAGUGAUGAAAAUGAAGAGGUGACAAAAAAAAAUGGUAAUUAUUUAUGUAUUGAAAAUAAAGAUAAAUUAAAUAAUACAACAUUUGAAGAAACUGAUAAAAAUGAAAAAUUGAAAAGUAGUAUUAUGCAAAAAACUAUAUCGAAUAUAAGAAAAAUGCUAUUAAUUAGUUAUGCAGAUUUAUUGUAUAGACAUCCAAAUCUCUUAGAACCAUAUAAUAAAUAUAUAUUUAAAGUUUUAAAUGAUAAAGAUAUAAAUAUGAGAAGAACUGCUGUUUCUGUUUUUACUCAUUUAUUUAUGACCGAUACAGUAAAAGCAAAAAAUACCUUACUUGUUCAUAUGAUGUAUUUAACAAUUGAUGAAGACGAAAAAAUAUCAAGCGGUUCUAAAUCAUUUUUUUAUGAAUUAGAUAGAAAGUCGCACAUUACGUUAGUUAAUAAUAUUUGUGAUAUGAUUUCUGUGUUAGCAAACAAUGAAAGAAAAUUAAAGUAUGAAAUGAACAAAGAAAUAUUGCAGUUUUUAAUGACUUUUAUCAAAAAGAGUAAAUAUAAUGAAACAUUGGUAGAAAAAAUUUUUAAAAAAAUGAAAGAAUUAAAUAUUAAUAAAACAGACGCUCUUCACUUAUAUAUGCAAGUAUUUUUAAAUAUACAAAUAGAUGAAAAAGUAUUGAGAAAAAUAAAUAAAUGUUUUCCCUUAAUUAGAUAUAUAAUAAGAGAAAAUCAAUAUAUUCUAGAUAAUUUUGUUUUUAUAUGCAAAAAAGCGACUGAAAAAAAAAGGGGAAGACCAACUGAAGAAGUUCAUCAACAAUCUAAUGCAACUAACGGGGAUAAGGUUGCUAGAGAGAAAACAGAAAAUGAUAAACAUGAAAACAAAAUGAGAGAAUUAGCAGAAGACAUUUUAGGAAAAAUAGAAUCCACAACAAAUAAAUCAAAGAACUUUUUGAAUAUAAAUAAUUUAUCCAACUCAACUAAAAAAAGAGCAUCAAAAAAUAAAAAUGAAGAGGACGUUAAUAAAAAUGAAGAAGAAAUAAAUAAGGAUGAAGAAGAUAUAUAUAAAAAUGAAGAGGACAUUAAUAAAAAUGAAGAAGAAAUAAAUAAGGAUGAAGAAGAUAUAUAUAAAAAUGAAGAAGUAAAUAAAAGCAAAGAAUAA